GAUGUGUUGCUGUACCACCCAACCGGCAGCAGAACGCUGAAACACAGGAAGUUAAUGAAACUGGAGAGAGCAAAGAAAACAGUUGAGAAUGGAGUACGGAGUACACCGUAUCCAAAAUCAAUAACCGAAAUCAGAAGUAGAUAAUUAAAUAGCAUGUUAUAUAAUCGGGACUGUAGCCUUCUGCGUGUUGUUGAAUAGAUUAAUAUAUGUUACUUUAACAUUUCCUACGAUACACUAGAAAUGAAUAGUUGGAGAACUGAAAUUGAAACUGCACCUGCUGAAAUAUAGAAGCAGCUAAUAGUAGACUAUAAAUACAACGAUAUAACAUUAUACAAGUAUCGUUUUUAUGUAUAAAAACAGUAGGUAUUUUUAAAAUGACUCCGAAUUCAAGUGCAUCCACAACAUGAACAAUAUUAAGACAGUAUAUUAUUAUUAUUAUUAUUAUUUAUUUCUUAGCAGACGACCUUAACCAGGGCGACUUACAAUCGUAAGCAAAUACAGUAUAUACGUAUGGUGAUAGAAACAGACGCUUUGCUUGAGUUUAGGCAGGUCAGAGAUGGAGCAUGGAUGAAACGUCAGAUUUUUUGUUACUGAAGAUUAUUUUGGUUGGGGACGCUUUGGUUGGGAAGACCUGCAUCCUGCAAAGAUAUGUUGAUCACAGCUUUCAUCAUUCCUACGUGUCUACAAUUGGGAUUGAUUUCAAGGUGAAGACUUUACACUUAAAUGACAAAUUCAUUAAACUUCAGAUCUGGGAUACAGCUGGGCAAGAGCGUUUCCACACCAUAUCGACUCGUUAUUUCCGAGGAGCCCAUGGGCUGUUAAUUAUCUAUGACAUCACAAAUUCAGUGAGCUUUGACAAUGUUGUUGGAUGGAUGAAAGAUGUUGAUGCGAAUGCAGGUGAAGAUGUUGACAGAAUCAUUUUAGGCAACAAGUGUGACUUGGAAGAAAAACGAAUUGUCUCUAAAGAAAAAGGAGCAAAGCUUGCCUGGGAGCAUGGAGCGAGGUUCUUUGAGACAAGUGCUAAAGAUAAUGUAAAUAUUGAAAAGGCUUUUUUGGCUCUCGUGCAAGAUAUAAUGAACAAGAAUUAUAUCUACGGUCAAAGGACUGAUGUGGUCAACCUUAAAAAAACAGAAAAGAAAAAAUGUUGUAGCAGAUGAUAAACUCUUCCUGAAGAACAGGACAAUGCCUCUAUUCAAAAAAAUGUCAUUGAAGCCUUGUAUAGCUCAGGUUUGGAGAUUAUAUAUCUCUUUCAAGAUCUUUUCAGUAUAAUUUAUUUUUUGUUUUCAUUUUACCUCUCCUCUGUAUUGUUUGAAUAUUACAUCUGUUACUAUUGCAAUUCUGUAUAUUGCACAUUGACUGGUGUCUGAAUUUAACUCAUUACCUUUUGUUAUUCUGACAAUCAUGAAAUUGUUCUAGACUGUAAAGGGACCCAACAUCAAACCAGAAUGAUUUCAUGAGUACCAUACCUUCUUUAAUGCAUUAUCAAUUGUCUUUUGUUUUGUGGUCUUGCGAUUUCCUUUUGCAUAUGAAUUAGAGAAUUGGUUUUACUGAAUCUUACAAUUGUUCUUGCCCAUUUAUGGUUAUAAGUGUCCUUAGUAAUGAUCUCACACCCUUUUUAAACAAGUUAAUUAGCACAUUGAUCAGACAUAUUCACGAUGGAUGAAAGCAUGUUGUACUACAGAAUAAUACAGAAGUUUCCACGUGAAACUCACAUUUAGAUCAAAUAAAAAUCACAAUAUGUGUAUUUUAUAUUGCUGUUUUCAUUCUGCAGCCCAUCCAUAAUCAGUUACAUUUCCGUGAAUAAAAAGCUGCUUAUAAAUUUCAUUUACAAAAACAGGUUCAUCUUUCUUGUAAAUAUAUUUAAAAGCAGGAUAUUAGUUAACUUAGAAAUGCAACAUAAAUCUUAAUAUUCAAAACUUUUUUUUUUCUUUCAUCUUGCAUCAUUAUUUUUUUACAAACAGAAUACAGCAAACAUUUUGUUAACAAUCUUUUCUAUGAAUUUGUUAAUAGAUUCCAUUCAUUUUGAGUAACAUAAAGCUGUGUGUAUUUGGGUUAUAAUUAGGACUUGAACUUUUCAGUUUUUAUUUUCCAAAUCCCUACCUACCUUUAAAUGUUAAUUAGUAGUUGUUAAGCUGUCUCUGCAUUCUAAUAAAGAGAAAACUGCUAAUUAAAGACUGGGUUUAAGAUAAUUUGUUUCUGUCUGUCAGGACAAUUCUGUUAAGCGAGUGAUAAUAACAAAAGCACAACAAUAAACUAGGUGAUUGUUGCAAUUGGGAUCGGUGGUGAGCAAUUAACUUAAUUUGUCAGGUUUGUGUAAAAUAAAAAUGAAGCGAAACAGAAUCAGGCUCAGUCAAGAUACGAAGGUAAAAACAAAUGACAUUGUUUUGUAAUUAACAGCUUUUUAAAAUUAGGAAACGGAAAAUAAGUUUAAAGGCAAAAGGAAUAGUUUAUCGUAUGGUGGGAAAAAUGGGUGUUUGUUUCUCUUUCCUGUGUUUCUUUCUAUUAAUCCCACAGUGUACUUCUUAAAGAAGUGUUUUCUACUUUAAAACAAUGAAGUUUACAAUACCUUUAUUUGUUUAUUGUU